GUUUACUUACAUGGUGUCAGUGUACACAGCAAUAGAGCACCACUGCACCUGUUCCGCUUCCCAGACUCUCCCCUGGUCUCUCUCUCUUUUACCUGUACUCCAGACGGCAAAACAAGAGGGAUCAGAAAGGGGUCAACAUGGAUCCCAACCAGGGCAUUGGGAAUGAAAAAGACUAUGGAAAGGGGGAUAAAAAAGAAAAGGAUAAAACCAUUAAAAGAAGAAAUAAACCUUUCCUAAGAUACCUGGAGAGAAGGAGGACAGAUACUAUUGUGGAUGAUAGCGAUUGUAAAGGUGACAUCAACAUCGGGACCUUGGUGAGAAGGAGCCAUUCUGACAAAACAGAGUAUAGUGCUAAACUUAAAGAGAAAAUGUCCCCCUAUGAUCUCUCAUCACCCAGUUCCCCGUGUAUGGAUCCAGAAGAGAUCCGCCAAAGGAGGAUGAUGAAACGGUUAAAGGUCAUUGAGGAGCUGGUUAGGACAGAGGGAGAUUAUCAGAAGGACUUGGAUCUUUGCAUAAGAGAGGUUCUGCUUCCUUUAAGAGCAGCACAGGUGGUAGAUGUGGAUCGACUGUUUACCAACUUUGAGUCUGUGUGUUUUGUUUCUGCUGAGCUGCUCCAAAGACUGCAAGAUGCCAUAGCUGAUCCUGACCCUGAAACACACCUCAUAGGAGAAGUGUUUAUCCAGGCCAAAUCUGUCAUAGAAGAUGUUUACAAAAUUUACUGCUAUCAUCACGACGAAGCCAAUGCUUCACUCAAGUCCUAUGAUGGACACGAGGAAAUCCAGCAGCAUUUUAGGAGAUGUAUAUCAGCACUUAAGCAAAUAUAUGAUCAAGAAGGGAAGCCAAAUUUGCUUGAUAUGGGUUCUCUACUCAUUAAACCAGUGCAGCGUGUUAUGAAAUACCCACUGCUAUUGACCGAAUUGUGGAAUUCCACACCCACUGACCACCCGGACAACAGGCCUUUACAGGAAGCUCUGACCACUGUGAAGAUUAUAAACAUCAACAUUAAUGAGUUCAAGAGGAGGAAAGACAUUGUGCUGAAGUAUAAAAGGUCCGACGAUGAAACCUCACUGAUGGGCAAACUCAACAAGUUUAACAUGCAUUCUAUCAGGAAAAAAUCGGAACGCCUGACAAGCCACAUCAAAAUUCUCACUGGUGUUGAGCCCCAGGUGAGAGAUGAAAGGUUUGACAAGGAGGAGAAACAUUUCCGUAACCUUGAGAAAGCUGUGAGACAGCUGGUGAAAAACAUCCACUGUUACUUGCUUUUCACUCAGGAGAUGAUAUCCAUUGCAGUUCAGAACGCACAGGACCUUGAAGCUAUAACGAAGGAUCCAGACAAGAUAGACACAAACGGCUUGCAGACAAAGAAAAACGGCAAUGACCCAUAUAAAAAGUUUAAAGAUCAGAUGGAGCAUCUGGUUUUGGCUCCUCUCUCCACCCUGCUGGGAAUGUUUGCAUCUCCCCAGAAGCUUAUCCAAAAGCGCUAUGAUAAACUGUUGGACUAUUGCAGCCAGCUGGAUUCCCGGUCCUCCAAAGAAGAACAAGGCCAGGCCAAAAAGGACUAUGACGCCCUCAAUGCCCAGCUGCUUGACGAGCUGAAAUGCUUUAACCAAGCUGUAAGGACAGUUCUCACCAACUGCUUGAUUUUUAUAGUAAAAUUAAUAAGAGAGCUGAUGGAUGCAGCCCAGCCACCCAUACAUCAUCUACCGGUUCCCUUGUCAAACUUAAGUGAAGUCCAAAAUUCUAUUAUGGAAGAGUUGAGCAACCUAUCUUUUGUCAAAGAGAAUUAUCAAAAGCUGAUGGAACGCAAAGUGAGCUUUGAGAAACGGGAAAGGAAAAUGGCCCCAGAGAUUCACAGACAAACAGAAGAACACAGAACCCGGCUCCUGGAAGAGUAUCCCGUGGAUCGGUUAUAUCAGUUGAAGCGUAACUGCAAUGCCUGUCAAGAACAAGACAUCAGCCUGCUAGAGGGGGAGCUUGUGGCCCUGUUAGAAGAAAAAGACCCUAUGGGCAGCACAAGCCGCUGGCUGGUAGACACUGGGUGUACGCAGGGCUACGUGUAUUCUUCGUUCCUAAAAUCCUACAACCCCCAGCGCGAGGUGACUGAGAGAACAGAAGACUUUGACAAUUUAAGUCUGUUUGUGUCAUGCAGCAGGAGCAGUAGUACACGUAGCUUCGGUCAUAACAGCACCUCAGACAGCAUGUCUCCUCCUUCUGAACCACAGGACGAGGAGGACCCCUCUCAGGAGCAACAUUUCUAUGCAGUUUAUGCAUUCCAGGCACGUUGUGAUCAAGAGCUCACACUUCAAGAGUACCAGCAUGUUCGUAUCCUAAAAUUUUCAGACCUCAGUGGGAAUAAAGAAUGGUGGCUUGCUGAAGCUAACGGACAGAAAGGCUAUGUUCCUGCAAACUACCUUGGAAAAAUGUCAUAUGCUUAAAACAGAUAUUUUGUUAGUUUGUCUUAAUUGUCUUGUUUGUCUAUAAUAAUGUAAUUUAAAGAAAAAUAUAUUAAAACAACUUAAUCAUGAAGGUCAAUCCUGCACAGAUAUUUGCACUACAUAUGAUGCUACCAACAGUGUUUGCUUGAAUUAUAGUAAUUUACUAGAGAAAACAUAUUUUGCAAAAGCAGAUGAAAAUCACUAAUUGGUUAUUGUAUAUAGUAAUAUAAAUAUAUGAGUUUAUGUAAUAAAUGAAUAAAAAUGA